GAACGCUAAAUGAUUACUAAUCAAAAUUGUUGAUAUCUACUUUGCGAGUAUUUCUAGUCAUUUGGAAGAAGUUAAUUUCUAGAGAAUAUGUCUGGACGUGGUAAAGGAGGAAAAGGUCUUGGAAAAGGAGGUGCAAAGCGUCAUCGUAAAAUUUUACGUGAUAACAUCCAGGGUAUCACAAAACCCGCCAUUCGUCGUCUAGCUCGUCGUGGCGGUGUAAAACGUAUCUCUGGUUUGAUUUACGAAGAAACUCGUGGCGUUUUGAAAGUUUUCCUCGAGAAUGUCAUUCGCGAUGCAGUUACCUAUACAGAGCACGCCAAGAGAAAGACAGUCACUGCUAUGGACGUUGUCUACGCGUUGAAACGACAAGGACGUACUCUAUACGGUUUUGGCGGUUAAAUUUUACUGUGCAGAGCAAGAAAGUAACACAAAAACCCGGCUCUUUUAAGAGCCAACAUAUUCGCAAAAGAAGUAACGCUUUCUAUACUGUUCUCAAUCGUUAAAAAUGUUUGAUAAGACAUCUUGAGUAUCAUUACUUUUAUAAUUUAUUAGUUUCUUCAUGUUGAAGGCAAUGUAAAAACACUAACAUUGAUACAUCAAAUAUAAAGACGAACAACGA